UCGCCUGGAGCACCUCGUGCACUGACUGUUGAAGCGAAGUAAGGGGACCGUAACACGCGCUCACAGCCUUAAACCCCACCAGUCAAAAAUGUCAUUUGCUGUCCGGAAAGCCGCUUGAACGUGUCAGGAUGCUGACUUUAAAGAGACCACUUAUUUCAGAGUUAUGAGAAUGGCCUGGUUUCAACCAGAACAACGUGGACCCGCUAACAACCUUUGGAUGCAGAUCUGGGAGAUGUCACAAGGGCUUGGAUAUAACAGUUAUACCACUGGACCUCACAGCACGUCGAGCCUGAACGCGAUCGUCAACGGGGCGUCGGGAGCCGUCCUCACUAGCAAAAACGGAGCGCUUGACUCAAACAUCGGUUGUGGAGAAGUCAAGACUCAGGGGAUGUCUGCCUCAACGGGCGACGGAGAAGUAACAGAGCAGCGGGACUUUAUACCACUGGACUCAAACAGCAACCACAACAACCGAGCCCCUGGGAGGGGUGGUGUCGGCGGAGGGGGGCAGCAGCAAGGCAGCGGGGUCGCUGUGCUGUGGAAGGGACUCUCGGACGGACACUCCAACAAAAGAAAAAGAGACAAUAAAGCUAGCACUUUCGGAUUCAAUUGCAGCCUCUUGAACAGUGGCGGGGACUCCAACACGGGAGGAUAUGAAGGUUACACGGGCACGCCUUGGAAAGUCAGGAACUACUCGGAAGGAGUUGUCGGGUUACAUGAGGAGAUCAAGGAUUUCUACGAGUAUAUCUCCCCUCGGCCAGAGGAGGAGAAGAUGAGACUGGAGGUGGUGGAAAGAAUCAAGGGGGUCAUCCAUGAUCUUUGGCCCAGUGCUGAGGUCCAAGUGUUUGGGAGCUUCAGUACUGGUCUUUAUCUGCCAACAAGUGACAUAGACUUGGUAGUUUUUGGGAAAUGGGAGACACUCCCACUCUGGACGUUGGAAGAGGCCCUCCGGAAGAGAAACGUUGCAGAUGAGAAUUCCAUCAAGGUUUUGGAUAAAGCGACGGUUCCCAUCAUUAAACUUACUGACUCCUUCACUGAGGUGAAAGUGGACAUCAGCUUCAACGUGAAAAGUGGGGUUGAAGCUUCUGGGCUCAUCAAGAAAUUCAAAGAGAAGUACCCUGUUCUGCCUUACCUGGUCUUGUUGCUGAAACAGUUCCUACUGCAGAGAGACCUCAAUGAGGUUUUUACAGGUGGAAUCAGCUCCUACAGUCUCUUUCUUAUGGCUGUUAGUUUUCUACAGCUUCACUAUCGAGAGGAUGUGUGUGGUCCCAACAUCAACAUUGGCGUGCUGCUUAUCGAAUUCUUCGAACUCUACGGCCGCCAUUUCAACUACCUGAAAACAGGCAUCAGGAUAAAAGAUGGCGGUUGCUAUGUUGCCAAAGACGAUGUUCAGAAGACCAUGAUGGAUGGAUACAGGCCUUCUAUGCUCUACAUUGAAGACCCACUGCAGCCAGACAACGAUGUUGGCAGGAGUUCAUAUGGUGCCAUGCAGGUGAAGCAGGCAUUUGACUACGCCUACGUUGUCCUUAGCCAUGCUGUGUCACCCAUCGCCAAGUACUAUCCCAACAAUGAGACUGAGAGUAUACUUGGCCGGAUAAUCCGGGUGACUCAAGAAGUGGAUGAGUACAGAGAAUGGAUCCGAAAGAACUGGGGAAGCCCAUCUCAAAAUGAUCCAUCUCUCAACAGAAAUGACGUCAAAUUGUUUGAAUCAAAGCAGCUCGAUGAGUGCAACAACAACGUUCCAGAUGAUGAUGAUGUUGUUGUGGUUCUGCCACCAUGCAAGACAGCCAAGCAGCAGUCUGCUCGGGGCUCCAGUUCUCACAGAGAAAAGACCUCUGUGGCCAAUAAUAUCCGUGCACAGAAUCAUACCACCAGCACUCCAUCUACAAGCAACAAAGGAGGAAAGGCCAGGAUGUCUCGUUCCCACCAUAAGAGUGGUCACCACGGGCAACAGAACUCCUCCAGCACCAAAAGUCACCCGAACAACAAACCACACCACCAGGGAAACAGCAAGAAGAGGAAAAACGUGCGAGACCCUGCACAAGAAGAUCUCUGCAGAUAGGGCUUACUUUACCCACCCACACCCCCGCCUCCCCACCCUACACCAACCCCUGUCCUUGUCUGCACCUGACUGACUGUCCUGUCCCACUUCUGCUGCCAGACUCCAGCAUCGGGAGGUUGUUAGUAGAAUGAAAAGCUCUGCAGACACCAUUUACCCCAUUUUCAGGGUUACAAACAAUAUUUUCUAACAGAAAAAGGAAUAAAAAAAAAAAGGUGUUAUUGGAAAUGGGGUUAAUUUCUUUGACUUGGAAUGAAAUCACUGAGUAAAUGCUCAUUUGCUUCCCAGUGGCUUCUCUUAUGGAGCGAUAUUCCUUCCCACAGCCAGCCUCUUGCGCCUCCUGCUGUACAGGAAUAUACAGGUUAGUUUUCUGAAAUCAAUCUGGAGCAACACCUGGAACUGCUGGCUGGAAAACAGAAUCAAACACUUUACUGACCUCCUUAAAACUAUGGGGGGGAAAAAAUAAGCAUAAAAAAACGAGAAGAAAAAGAAAAAAAAUGCAACAAGAAAGAAAAUAUCUUAAAUGUACAAAAACAAAAAUAUGUUGAGCAAAACAUGUACACUUUUUUAAAGAUGGCUACUUACAGAUGCAAUCAGUAAGAGUGGGACAUAACUUAUGCAUGAGAUUUUUCUGUUGGUUGAUUUUUCUGUCGGGUGAAUCUGUUUUAUGUCAAGUUAUACAUUCUUUUUUUUUUACAAAAACAAGCAUAGGCAAAAAAAAAAACAAACAUAAAAAAACAUACAAGUAAGAACUUGUUUCAUAAGACAUUUUUACAAGAUAUACCGAUUGAAGUCAUGUUAACAUGCACAUCACAUGUUAUUUGGCCGAAGCCAAGAAGCUGGUUUGGGUCCCAUUGCCAACAGAAAUCAUCAGCAUCUACUUUUACUCCUGGUUGCUCUCUGAGUGCUACAGUGUUAACAUUUCGCCUAAAGUGAGCCAGAACUCUCUUUAGUGCUCCAUAGAUGAUAGAAGAAAAAAAAAAGCUCACUCUCAUUUAGUUCAGUAGCACAGCCACACCAGUGUAGAGGCUUUAAGAGUACAGGUUUGAAUAUAUUUGUGGUGAAAAUUGUUUUAUUAAAAAAAAUCCUACACUUGAAUUGUGUCAACAAUACGACUGUGGGCAAUAAUCUGUUUUUAUUUGGUAAUUUACCGACAACAGAAUCAUUUGUAUUUGUUAAAUGUAUUUAUUUUUUUAUUAAUUAUAUGAACAUAGUAUCGAUGCGUGUAUUAUCAAUAUUAGAGCCCAUAUCUUGGAGAAUAUUUGAAAUAGGAUAGUUGCGGGGAGGUGGCAUGGGGUAGGAACCAGUAUAUUCAGGUACAGUAAAUACCAUCUUUUAUCCUUUUUUUCCAGGCAGUUGAGUGACCAAGUUGCUUUGGAAAAUUAAAGAGACCAUUUUACAAGUCCUGUUAGCAUUUUAUUUUAAAAUGUGGCUGGUCUACUUAAUCUAAAAGGGAGUUUUUUUUCUUAUUUUUGCUUUUGUUUAGUUCUAAUCUAUAAACUGACAGCAAAGUGCUUCAAAAUGUCUGUCCCCCUCUGUCAUUGCAAUACAACAACUAACCUGUAGAUGGAGCUCUUGUUCUAAGUCUUAAUCCAUACAGAGUUUGGGCUUGUAUACUGCAUUUGGACAGUUUAUUAUUUAUUUGUGAUUGACUGUAAAUGUGCUCAUAUCUAAACUGAAUGGGCAUCUGAACAUGGAAAACGCGUUAAAAUGAGUGCUUCCUUGGAGGGAAAACAUCAAAGCACAGUUCAAUGUCCCCAUUCCCUCCCUCCUAAGAAUCACCCACAAAGAUACAAGUAGCCAGCAAUAACCACCACGUUAUAUAAUCUUCGACAACGACUACUGAGACAAGUGAAGCACACUUGAGUCCACUUGAAGCGGGUUAAAUUUGGUAUUAAAUGUUGGGAAGAGGAAAUGACGGGGACACCCCUUUCACCCACCAGUGCUACAGUUGCGGUUAAAAUGCAGUAUAUAAGCGCAGGUCUUGUGAUUGACAGAGGAGGAGAAAGGUGAAUCCAUUUAGCUGUGUCAUCUGAAUGUUCACUUACCACCUCUUUUCACAGCAGGAAGGCUUUGUACCCAACUGUACUCAUAUGAAACACUGUUCCUCUGCAGCAAUUACAAUUCAUGCAAUAAAAACAUUACCAUUUA